CAACGCCAGCAUCUUUCUACCAAGAUAUCGAUAGUGCGAUUAACGCCCCUUUGACCAUACGGGACUCUGUCGCAAAGGUUGACGCUUGGCAUUCGGGCCAGCGAAUGCUGACGUCAAAGGAAGGCUUGCGCGGACUGCUCGAUCCCCAUUGAGGGGGUUGUUGACAUGAAUCCGGCAAACCUCACCAACGUGGGUGGAGGCAUGAAUGGUGGAGGCAUGAACGGCCCUAACAAUAAUCAAAUAAUCUUAACCCAGGUUGCGCAAGCGCUGCAGGCCCAGGGUCAGUACUCAGGAUGGCGAGCGGAAGUUCAGAUCAGAGAUCGGGCACUGAAGGUCUAUCAAAUGAUUACAUCACUCCGUCUAAUACAGCCCCGCAUCGACACGCAAAAUGCCGCUCGUGCGGCGUUGACUUUUGAGCAGAAGGCAUUUCAAGAUGCAAGAGAGAAGAACGAAUAUGAGAGGAACUGCAACGAGAAGCUUGUCCAUAUUCGUGACACUCGCGCAAGACAAGCUGCUGUAAUGCAGAAUGGCAUGAUGCCCCAGGGCCCGGCAGCAGGAAUGCCUGGAGUCGGACAGGCGGGGUUUCCUGCACAAAUGAAUCACCCCAUGCAGGCAUCUCCGAUGCCGGGACAACAACAAAUGUCCAUGGGUAUCAAUGAUCUGGGUCAACAGAACGGCAUGCAACAUCGCCCACAACCACAGGCGCCGCAACAGCAGCCGCAAGCAGCACAACAGAACAUCAUGCAGCAAAGAGCCCAGCAAAGACCAGGGGCUGGAUUUCCCUACAACGACGAAUUGCAGACUCUUUCCGCUCAGGAAUAUGAGCAAGUUUGUCGAGUUGCAAGCCAAAUAAUGUCAAAGACCCCCCAAGAAGAUGUGGAGAAGAUCAAGAUGAACUUGCAGAAUAUGUCGCCGGAACAGCGCCAAUAUCUAUCUAAGAAGAACAUGGAUCCGUUGACUUAUUUCUUUCGCUCGCAGGCUCUGACCCAGCUUCGACGGUUCAAACGGAGUCGGAUGGAAAUGGCUCGUGCUCAGGGUAACGGUGUCGAUCCCAAUGGGGCGGCAAUGCUAGCAGAGUCGAUGAACCCGCAGCAGCGGCAAAUGCUCACGAACAUGAUGAAUUUACAGCGCAAUUCCGCAUAUCCCAUGGGAAAUCAGCAAAAUCCGGAACCAUCGUUCAUCGGUAGUGUCGACAACAUCCAAGGGCAGCAGGCGGAUGGGUUGCGUUCGCAGGAAGCAGGCCAGCUUGUGGUUCCAGCCAGUUCCUUGCCCAUCAACCAACAAUCGAUCAAUACGGCCUCAAAUAUGUUUCAGAUGGGCCCGCAGAUGGGCCAAAACGCACAAGCCGGUAUUAGCCCUCAAUUCCUUGCACAACAUGCGCAGAAUCCGCAGAACGUGCCACAAGGCCGAUCUCAACAAGGACCUCAAUUGCAACAAACGGAGCCGCAAGCCCAACAAGCACGCGUCCAAGCUGCACAAAGAGCGCAGCUCGCAAUGACACAAAAUGGUUCCCAAAUGCAACAUCAAAUGUCGCAACAAAGCCCUGCAAUGUCCAUGCUCAACCGUCCCAUGGCGGGUCAAAUCUCUCCCGCGCAAGUAGCUGCACAAGUCCGGCCUCCGUCUCGAGCCCCUGGUAUGGGGCAGCAGCAGGCUAAUGUCCAGACCAUGGGCGGACAGCCAUCAAUGCAGCGGCCUCAAAUGCCGGCCAAUCUUCCCCCAGCGAUUCAAGAACAACUCAACCAGAUGAGCGCUGAACAAUUGAAUCUUUUCAUCCAGCAGCGUCGAGCGAUGACGGCAAAUCCGGCUAUGGCAAGGGCAGGCCAACAGCAGUCCAUGCCAAUUCAGCAAAACUUCGCACAGCAAGGCCAAGGCCAACAAAUGUUGGGCGGACAAAUGGGCAAUGGCCAGGGCAUUAGGGCUCCUCUCAAUAUGCAACAGCACUUUGCGGGCAUGACGGGCGCUCAAGCGCCCAAUCAAAUGCUGCCCGGACAGCAGAUGUCGGUUCAGCAGCGACAACAGCAGCAGCAGCAGCAGCAGCAGCAGCAGCGUCAGCAUGACAUGUAUAAGUUGCAGCUUCUUCGCCAGCAUAGUGGAGGGAUUGAGAUGUCACCUGAACAAGUCAAAGAGAUGGAUCGCCUGCAUUUCCCUCCAGCGAUCUUGAAUAAUAAUCCGAACAUCUCUUCGCCCGUUCCGAAGCAUAUCAAAACAUGGGGGCAGUUGAAGCAGCUGGCAGCCUCGAACCCACAACUACUUGGGGGUGUAGACAUUCAGAAACUGAUGGCAUUGCAGAAACUUCAUCUUGCCCAGAUUCUUGCCCAAUCGAAAGAAGGCGGCCGCGGUGCCGAUCCGAACAGUCAGGGCCCGUGGAUGCCGACACCAUUCCAGGGACAAUCGCAACAAUUCAUGAAUCCUCAGCUGCCACCCGGUCAGCAACAAGCACCUAUCAAUAUGCCCGCCAUGCGUCCUAUCACCGCGCAAGACGUUCAAAUGGCCAGGAACCGUCUCGGUCCCCAAGUUCAAAGCCUAAGCGAUGAACAGCUCCGGGACUUGCUCCUGAGAAACAGACAGAAACAGUUACAGGCAGCUCAAGCUCGUGCUUUGGCUGCUCAACAGGGACAACAACCUCAAGCAGCACAACCUCCUGUCACUGUUCCUUCCACGGCUCCGCAAGCCAAGUUAGAAUCCCAGCCCUCACAGCCGACGGUGCAGCAGGCUCAGCAGAAUGCAACGGCCAAAGCCCAAGCUGCAGGUACUGGGAAAGGGAGUAAAACGCCUGCUACGAAGCAGGCACCGAAAAGAAAGCUACCCAAUGAUGAACCCACCGAAGUUCAAACUACGCCUAUGCAGAAGUCAGCUCAGCCUGCAACUUCUCAAGGAGGACCUGCCCCUCUUCAAAACCGGCCCAACGUGCUUUUCACCCGUGAACAGCUGGCGGCUAUGACGCCUCAGCAACGUGCCCAGCUUGAGAUACAUUUGCGGAGGCAACAGGCGCAAGGCCGUGGCUCCAUCAGUAGGACGGCCGCUGAAGAUGCAUGGAACAAUUUACCGGAAAGGAUUGUGAAACUGUACAAUGAGAUUGCUAGGACUGCGCCGCCCGCUGAACCGGUUGCAAUCACACCGGAACAGAAGGCAAGCAUGUCUCAACAGCUGCGUGACUCGACCGACUAUCUGGGUAGAAUGGAUGCGCUUGUUCAAUUCUUCGCAAAAAUUCCUGGCCAGGACAAGAAUUUUCGCAGUUUGCUCGCGAUGCGGAUACAACUAAUGAGACAAUUCAAACCUGGAUCUGACUGGACCCUCACCGACCAAUAUACGAUCACGCCGGAAUACCUCGCCGCCACAACUAAUUAUAUCAAGAAGUUGUUCCAUCAUAUGAUUGCUCGAGUAAACCAGCAGCAUAACCAGCUACCUGGUCAACGACCCAAUGCCCAGCAAAGUGCAUCCAUGACACCGGCCAGCGUCCCGAACAACAUGCCCGCUCUAAACGCGACAAACUUGCAGCAGUUACAGCAACAGGAAGAGGCUCUGCAGCGUGCUCGACGAGCAUCCAGCCAGACUGCCUCAGGAUCUGCUGGGUUACCGCAAGCGCCAUUUGGUGCACCGUCUCCCCAGGGUGUUCCGCAUGCUUAUGGGCCCGGAAGUAUACCCCCGGAGCAAUUGAAGCUGCCCCCACCGAAGAAGCGAAAGCAGUCUCAUGCUGGUGCUACGCCCGUGUCCGGAGCUCCGAUGACCAAGACUCAACCGAACAAGCAACCAGGUGUAGAGACGAAGCUGGCUGGUACAGCUUUGGGUGGCUCUUUCAAGUGCAGUGUCCCUGAAUGUCAGAACCACUAUCUUGGAUUCGCCACUCAAACCGCGCUCGAUAGCCAUGUCGAAGAAUGCCACAAGAUCGAAGAACCUAUCGAAAAUCCGCUGGAAUUUGCCCUCGAGAGUUUCCGUACCAGCCUUGUCAAGGAGGAAGAUCAAGGAGGACUUCACAGCAGUAAGGAUACCUCACAGGCUCCUGGCAAGCUUGGUGCGUCAUCAUCUCCAACGAAGAACGAGGCCAAGCCUGGAGGUACGCCGAUCCCUGCUGGUGCAACUCCCAUCGGCCGUGCCCCUAGCCAACUGGGACCCAAGCCUAGUUCCCCGGCCUCGAAUUUGCAACUAACACCUCGUACUUCUUCAGCCAAAGUGCCUACUUCAUCUCCUCUCAAGCCAACAACAAGCAAGGACGACAAGAAGGAAAACGCCAAGCCCUUGGAACAUGCUCCACCAUCUAUGGACGUGGUAAUGACCGAUCCCUGGGCACACAGUGCCAUAUCUCUCGAUACAAUCCAGGACACAUUCUUAGAUCUUGGUGAUGAUACUGGCCUUGGCUUUGGGGCGAUGGACGAAUUUCUCAAUCCCGAGAUGUUUACCAACUCUCAGGCCGAAGACACCCCGGAUUCAAUCGAGACUGGCCUUAUCACCCAGACUCCUAAGGACAACGACCUCCCGAAGAGUGAAGAGGUCAAUGGCAAGAAUGGGGGAGAUAUUGCCGACGAGAAUUGGAUACCUGUGGAUUGGAUCAACCUCCCGAGUCGAUUUGAGGAUGGCCUUCUGAUGAACGACUCCUGGGACGACGUCGAUUGGGAUAUGCUCGACCGUAAAGACACGGGUAUGAACGUUGACGACAGCGGAAUUGCCAUAAUCGCUAUGUGAUAUGGGUCAUAUUUUCGGUUCUAUCAUGAGCGCUG